AUGAAUCAGUGGGAAGUGAUCUUCGGAGGGACAAGCUCAUUUGAUAUUUACCUCCUAUCAGGUUUUGUCUUUUUCCUUUACAUCCCUUUUGUCGUCUUGGUGAUACUUUACUCCAAAAUCCUUAUCAAGCUUAAAGAGCAAGCCCAUCCAGGUGAACAGUCAGCCAGCGCUGAAGAACAGAGGACAAGAACAAACAGAAAAGUGCUUAAGAUGACCGUUGCUAUCGUUGUAGCGUUUUUCAUUUGCUGGAUACCCUUAUCCAUUAACGUAAUGAUAUUUUACUUAGUACCAAGAAAGAAUUUAGAUGUUUGUAAGUUUUUUGUAUCUCAUAAUGUCGCCUUGUUUAUGGCUUGCACAAACUGUGCUAUCAACCCGAUUAUCUGCCUUACCUUUAGCAGUAACUAUCGCCAAGCUCUUAGGAGACUUGUGAAUUGCUGUCAUGCAGUGCAAGGUUAA